ACAGGUGGGCUUAUCCCGAACAAUUUGACAGCCGUGCUGUAGAAAAAUGAAAACGAAAUGACAGGAGGGGAUUCGAUCAUUUGUUGAUGUAUGCGUGAGAAUUCCAAUGGCUGUUUUGGUUGAUGUGUCGUAGUGUGGGUGAAAAACUACGUAUCACAAUCGAAUCCCCUCCUGUCAUUCGUUCGUCCAAUAUGGCCUUCCCGCCAAACCUAUAAGCCCACCUAGUCCAUAUACCCACUUUGGUACCUUGUGUGGGAGCUGUUUUUUUGUGCAAGGCAAACAUAAACAAAUCAAACUGCCGGCUGGUUAUUGUUUUUCUUCGCACGUGUAUUAACAAUUUGUUCGAUUUUAUACCAUUUUUUUUGGCGAACAAUGUGCGCUGCCAAGCUAGUGCAGUACGUUAUCGUAAAUGGAGAAAUUGCAAAAAGCUGGCCAAAAGGCGCUCUCAUUGCUCAGUGUUGUCAUGCCGUUGCAGCCGUCGGGCACUUGUACGCUUCCGAUCCGGACACGGUAGAGUACUUUAAGGACCUGGACAAUAUGCAUAAAGUAGUGCUCGAGGCACCGGACGCGGGCAAACUCGUCAGCCUGGGCGAAGUGUUGCAGCAGAACGACGUGAAGCAUAAGGUGUGGGUUGAGCAGCCCGAAAAUCUACCAACCUGCAUUGCGCUAAAACCGUACCCCAAGGAGGAGGUUCAAAAGUACAUGAAGAAAUUUAAACUGCUUAGCUAGUAAGGGUCUGCAGUGCGGAGGAAAUAGACGGUAUGUUGUACUAUGGUUGUUUGUGUUACACCAUUUGCACCAUCGAACGGUUUGCUGGUGUGAUGGCAGGUGACACCUUCAAGUCCUUGGCAGUGCCCUGUACGCUAUCAUCCCUGAACCAUCGCCACAAAAAUCGAAACGGAUGAGCAAAGGAUCGAAUAAGAAGUCAACAAAAUCGGAUCCAAGA